AUGAAAGAAGUGGCAAUCCAUGAUCACGGCAUGCGCCGCCAAGGGGAGGCAUUGCAAGCGUACGUGAGAAUGUGGCAGGAAUCUGAGCGGAGCGGAGGGAGAAGAGCAGCAGCAUUUGUAUGUCCGGCUUGUUGGUUGUUGCAGUGUGGGGAACUUGAUGGAAUCAACCACAGGAACGUCGGGGAUAAUCGGUGGCUAUGCCCAGCACGAACACUGGAGCACAGCCUUGACCCUCUACAGGAAGAUGAAAUUGGACGUGUCCAGCCCAACGAGGCCACACUCGCAACUAUUCUUGGCGCUUGUUCUUCCGAGGAGUUCCUCCGCGACGGCAUGCAAAUUCACAGCUCGCUCGUAGGAGGCGAGUUUGAGUCAGCUCCGAUCGUGGACACGGCAUCCAUCACAAUGUGGGAGCUGUGGGAGAGCGGACUGGACAAGCACAGUAGCGGCGAUGGAAACCUGAAAUGCAAUGAGGAGUGGCCCCGGAUCUCUACAGGAGAAUUGAGUGUGGAACAAGCGGCUCAUCCAAACGACAGAACCCUGUACACGCUUCUGUCCGCCUGUGAUCUUGAGUCGGGCAAGAGAAUCCACGACACCAUCCAGGCCAAGGCGAACAAUCCGAGCGCGGUCAUCCAGACUGCACUGCUCAACAUGUAUGGCAAGUGUGGAAGCCUGGAGAUGGCGAGAAAGAUCUUCGACGAUAUCCAGCACAAGACGUGGUCUGCUGGAACGCGACGAUCGCUGCUGCUGCACAGUCCCAAUGCCAGCCUCCGGCUCUACAACGAAGAAGGGGUCAAGCCCGAGGCAGGCACUUUCGUGAGCCUUUUGGGAGCGUGCUCGAGCUUGGGCCGGUGCACUCCCACAUUGUGA